CCACGAACAAGAAAAAACCUAAUGUUUUCUUCAUUAGAGCUGACAAAGGUUAAUUCAGUAUUCAAGAAAGAUCUGAUUUUAAAUUCUCUUUCAAUUUACAACGUGGCUCGCCAAAUUGGGCGGUUGCACCGGGAGUUGACCCAGAUAUGAAAUGAAGAAUAAAAAUACGAUCUGCCCAUCUGAAAUCGUUUAAAAAUUUAACUGUAAUUCGUCUUCAAGACGAGCGCAGAUCUAAUAACAAUGUUUACAGUUCUUAUAUCGUCAUAGUAAUUUAGGAAACAAGAAAAAUAUUUUUCAUCGAGCCAUUUCCCUAUGCAAACAUUUCUGUUUUAUUUCCGUUAAUAUUUGUACGAACAUUACUUCGCAGCAAGAACUGCUCGCAAACUGGCCUAAGAAAAAUCUUUUCGAAAUUUAUAGAACUAUACUCACCGACGAGUUAUAAAAAUUUAAUAAGGAAAAAACUCGUUUUACUAUCGAUACAAACUUCAUCAAUUUUAAAUGCGUAAUUUAUCGUGAAAUCUAUCGGCCAGCCAAACAGAUUUUCCCCUAUGCUAAUGUUGUGGUGUUUUCGGUCUUCUAUACGCCUUACACGCAUAAAUAGCGAAGCAUUUCUCCAAUUGUUUCACUGGCAUGUUUUUAUUCAUCCGCAGAAAACAAUGGCUUGAAAUUUCCCGAGGUUCAGUGUAGCCCCCGGAGCAGGUGCAACCGUAGAAUCACGCCGAUGCUUUCUUCAGCAUGACAAUACAAUCUUAGCUCGUUAGGAUAAACUCCGUUGAAGGAGAAAGCUGCUUUGUAUGAAGAAAGUGGUUAACUCAGUGAUAGCAUUCUUGAAAAAGAAAAAAGAAGAUUUUUCGCUGUUACGGGACUCAGCGCCUGUCGAUGCUGGUGUAAGUCUUGAUCGGGUCGAAGCUGAAAAGGAAGAUGAGUUUGCAGUUAUUAGGUUAUGCAGACGAUGUGUUAUGGUUUACGAAUAUAAAACAUGCAACAAAUGGAUGCUGCAACGUAUAUCACGACAGUGCGACAUCGGUUUCGAUGAGGACACAGCGGAACUUGUUCCACCAGUGGAAAACACUGACCAAUCUUUCGACCCUUUUCACGAAAAUUCUUUUCGAAGCUUUACUCAUGUAAACCGCAACCGAAUUUCAAUGGCGCUAACCUUGAUUUCUGACCACGUUAUGCAACGCACAAGCAACAGCGACAGAUUAAAAUUUGGACCUCAUUAUCCGGUCUUCAUUUGGUUACGAAACUGCGAAAGAUCGAAUGCCUUUCGAAAUAUCUACCAAGACGAAGAUAAUAUAUUGAUAAAAGUGCGGUUAGAUAUGCUAUCGUUGGCUAGUUUUCCACGUCCAGUUUCGGAGAUUUUCGAGGGAACAACUUUGGAAGUUUGGGUUCUAGCCCAAAAAUUUUCUAAGCCGAUAAUUACACUGGAAAUUGAUGAAGAGUUAAUCAUUGGGUACAUAGCUGAUCUUUUCCACGUUGCUUUUUUCAAUAUUCCAUUCUCCGUCAAAGAAAGGCAAGCUAAGAUUGAAGGAAUUUUCCGAGCUAUUGACGAGAUUCUCGACAUCAGCGCUCAUAUUAUGAUGGCCAGCGGUGAAUCUUCGGAGAAUGCAAUAACUGUCAAGGAAGUCAUCACUGAGACAGCCAUCGUAGUAACGUCAACAGCCGCCGAAAGCACGGCUACCGUUGGCAUAGAAACGGCUGCGAUGGCCCUGGGGCAAGCUGCGGCAGGUAUAGCAAUAUCAGUUUUGGUCGACAUCGCUCUAACCGCCGGAAGUGUGACGCGUUCGAAAAUGCAGCGUGAUAAAGGCUUGAUAACAAACUCGCAGUUUAAGUCUACUGUAAGACGAAAGUUGUGUGACUCGGGUUGCCAGUUUAUCGGAGGAACUACUGGAACCAUUGUAGGGCAAGUACUCAUUCCGGUGCCCGUAGUAGGGGCCAUGGUUGGCGGUUUCUUUGGGAGUUUAAUUGGAGUUGGAGUCAGUAAAGGAAUCAUAAAGACCUCAGAACUCAUUGCCAAGGCUCAUAAUGCCAGGGCUAAAGCUAUUACCGAUUAACAUAGCAGUUUUGAAUUGACAACCAAAGUAAUCCCAGCGACCAAUCAGAACAAAGAUUUAAAUUGGAAUUAGCCAAUGAGAAAUCAAAGUGAAAACGAGCAAAUUGUUUGAAACGCGGGAAAACGCAAAUGACUAAAUCGCGAUUGUUUUUAGUUAUACAUCUGAUUGGUUAAAGGGAUGGUCGAGUUUUCAGGAUCAGUCACAGAGAAAGGUUAAGUGAAACCAAAGCAAACCUAGAUUACUUUGGACACUCAAUUGCAAAUUGCUGAAGUAUGAACGCUAACGGGUCGCGCCUGAGGAAAUACGUUUGCUUUUACACUGACAACAGUCCUGGUCAAACGGACUGCUUUUGAACUGUGCUCGGGUAUUGGUUAUCGACAAGCUAGUGUAAACAAGGCUUAUCUUGUUCGCUUUCAGGGGUUUGACAGGGGGUAAAUAUUGAAUAAGUUAUAAUUUUGCUAAAAUAAAACGCUCUAAAUAAACACAAAACAAAUAAGAAAGCUGUGUAACUAGAAGUAAUAAAAAAUGUAAGCACGUUAAAGUAUUCUUCAGUUUUAUUUACAGAAAAAUUCUGCCUAGGGGCAAAGAAGAGCUAAAAAAGGCAUAAGAGUGGCCACGUCUUGGUGAACGCAGUGCGACAGUUUUGGGUUCAAUGAUAACCAUGUGCACAAAGAGAUACUUAAAUAAAAAGGGACAAAGUUUUGCCUGUGCAUGCUACAUUAUCAUAUCCUGUACUGAAAUCUUGUAGCGCACCAUGAACAAAGCACAUGAACAAAGUGACGGGGGCUCACGCUCAAACCCUUAGCUUUAGAAACUCUUUACGAAGGCCAAGCUACUUUAUAAACUAA